UUCACUCCACGGAGGAGUUGGGUACGGAUUUGACGGGCAUCAUGACUCUGCAGCGCCGUUUGAUGGGAUUGGAACGAGACCUGGCUGCGAUUCAGGCCAAGAUAGAUUCUCUGGAAUCGGAUUCCGCCAGGAUCUCGGAAUUGUUCCCCGAGGAAAAGGACAGGAUCCAGACUGGAUUGGACAGUAUUCGAGGAUCGUGGGGCGAGUUGACGCAGUUGUUGAAGGAGAAGGAUGCCAAAUUGGAAGAGGCUGGAGAUCUGCACAGGUUCUUGCGGGAUUUGGACCAUUUCGGUGCCUGGUUGACCAAGACUCAAAAGGAAAUUGCGUCGGAAGAUACUCCGUCAUCGUUGCACGAGGCAGAGAAGUUGCUGCAACAACACGCUGCUAUCCAGGACGAGAUUGAGAAUUACGCUGAUGAUUAUGACCGUACUAUGGCGUACGGAGAGAAGAUCACUCAGGAAGCGUCGCCGGAGCAGCAACAAGACGCCCAAUGGAUGUUCCUGCGUGAACGCCUGCGCGCUUUGCGACACGGCUGGGAAGAGUUGCAGCAAAUGUGGGACAACCGCCAGGCCUUGCUCACGCAGUCCCUCAACUUGGAAAUGUUCUUGACGAAUGCCAAGCAGGCCGAAGUGCUUCUCUCUCAACAAGAACACGUACUUGCCAAGGAAGAACUUCCUAGCAAUCUGGAGAAGGCAGAAAGCCUGAUCAAGAUGCACGAAGCGUUCCUCACCACCAUGGAAGCCAACGACGAGAAGAUCAACACCGUCAUUCAAUUCGCCCACCGACUUUGCGACGAAGGACACUUCGCUUCUGACAAAAUCGGCAAGAAGGCGGACAGUAUCGCCGAGCGACGCAAUGCAAACCGCGAAAAGGCCUUGGGGCUCAUGGAACGCCUGCGAGACCUUCUCCAACAGCACCAGUUCCUCCAAGACUGCGAAGAACUCGACGAAUGGAUCGUCGAGAAGACGAUCGUUGCCCAAGACGAAAGCUACCGCAGUGCGAAAACCAUCCACUCCAAGUGGACUCGUCACCAGGCUUUCGAGGCGGAGAUUGCGUCCAACAAGGACAGGUUGUUGAGAGUGCAGGAAGCUGGAGAACAAUUGGUGCGAGACAAGCCUGAGUUGGCUGAGAGGAUCCUUCCGAGGAUCGCUGAAGUGGCGCAGAGGUUUGAGGAACUCGAGGACACUACGAAGGAGAAGGGCGAGAGGUUGUUUGAUGCCAAUCGCCAAGCUCUGUAUGAACAAACGUGCGAUGAUAUCGACGGAUGGAUGACCGAUUUGGAGAAGCAAAUCGAGACUGACACCGGCUCUGACUUGGUUUCUGUUAAUAUUCUGAUGCAGAAACAACAGGUUCGCGACUUUGUUUGUCAAGCUUGUCUCAGACAGGUGCAAAUCGACAAGUUAUACGCGGGAUUGAAAGAUUUGGCGAAUGAGAGACUUGCCAGGCUGAUGGAAGCUUUGCAAUUGUACACGUUGCACCGAGAUGUUGACGACUUGGAGCAAUGGAUUGCAGAACGAGAGGUCGUUGCUGGCUCUCACGAACUCGGACAGGACUACGAACACGUUUCGAUGCUGCGAGACAGGUUUGCAAGUUUUGCUGAGGAAACUGAGGACACCGGAAAGGAAAGAAUCAAUGGCGUAAAUAAAAUUGCGGAUGAGUUGAUCGGCGCCGGUCAUUCAGAUGCAGCGGUGAUUGCUGAAUGGAAGGACUCUCUGAAUGAAGCCUGGGCUGACUUGCGAGAGCUGAUUGAGACCCGAAAGCAGUAUUUGGCGGCUUCGUGGGAAUUGCACAAGUUCUUCCACGACUGCAAGGACACGCUCGGAAGAAUCAUUGAGAAGCAGAAUUCGAUGUCGGAUGAGUUGGGACGUGAUGCCGGAUCUGUGUCUGCAUUGCAUCGCAAGCAUCUUAAUUACACUCAAGACCUGUCUACCCUGCAAGCCCAGGUGCAACAAUUGCAAGAGGAUUCAGCGAAUCUGCGAGCGGGCUAUGCCGGCGAAAAGGCGAUGGAAAUUACGAACCGAGAAGCCGAGGUGGUGAAUGGUUGGCGCAGCUUGCAGACCAUGUGCGAAGCGCGGAAACUCAAGUUGCUGGACACUGGCGAUUUGUUCAAGUUCUUCAACCUAGUUCGAGCACUGAUGCUCUGGAUGGAUGAUAUGAUUCGUCAAAUGAACACGUCCGAGAAACCU